GCGAGUUGCUACGAGAGUGCGCUGAUGCAAAUGGCUUUUCUUGUUAUUUCGACGUCCACUGCCAGCCAGCCAGCGUAGUUUUGUGUCCAUUGGUGCAAGCUUCACGAGGCUUCGAAAAUAGACUGAAUACCGCUGAAUACAGCCGUUUAACCAAAAAUCAAGAUGCCCAACAUCAAGCUGCAAAGCUCAGACGGAGAAGUGUUCGAGGUUGACGUCGAAAUCGCCAAAUGCUCGGUGACCAUCAAAACUAUGCUGGAGGACCUGGGUAUGGAUGAGGAUGAUGAGGAAGUUGUGCCUCUGCCGAACGUGAACUCGCCUAUCCUGAAAAAGGUUAUCCAGUGGGCCACUUUCCACAAAGAUGACCCUCCCCCACCUGAAGAUGAUGAAAAUAAGGAAAAGCGCACUGACGACAUCAGCAGUUGGGAUGCUGACUUCCUCAAAGUUGACCAGGGCACCCUCUUUGAACUCAUCUUGGCUGCUAACUACUUGGACAUCAAAGGAUUGCUUGACGUCACGUGCAAAACAGUGGCCAACAUGAUCAAAGGCAAGACGCCGGAGGAAAUCCGCAAAACCUUCAACAUCAAGAAUGACUUCACGGCCAGCGAGGAGGAGCAAGUGCGCAAGGAGAACGAGUGGUGUGAGGAUAAAUAAGCUAACCAUCAUAGUCUGUGUAAAUUUAUUUGUAUUUCUCAUUACUCGAAUGUAAAUCUUAUCUCCGCACCUCUUGCUGGCGCUCUCAAAUGCCCCGUUUAAGCAAUAUCAUUUCCUUUUUGCAUGUGUUUACUGUUCCGGGCGUUCAGUUCGGGCUCUCUCAAAUAUGGUUAAUGAAUUAAAUCCUUGUUGAUUUUUUUCCACUUUUCUCUUCGUUGUUAAAUGAUUCCAUUCAGUAUUGUUUCCUAAAAGGGGUCUGUAGUGGAAAGAAUUUGCUAAAUUUGUGGGACAGAUCAUUUUAACACACAAGAAUACUGGCUUCAAUUUGCAUUGUGUUGUUUCAUGAUUUGUAAUAAAACACCGUGAUUUAUUGUAA